UCUUCCUCCUCGUGCAAGUCUUUAGCUAGCCGAAGGUCUCUAGCUAGCUUGAUCUCUGAAGUGACAUUUAUUUUUAAAAUGCUAUUUUUCCUUUAUAAUUUUGGACGUCAUUAGCUUGCUAUAUGCGCAAAGGAUGUCAUCGUUUUCCUUGGCUGCUUCCCGUAGAGGCUACUCCUAUUUUGUGCUGCUAAAAAAGAGGUGUCCUUCAUUUAAACCUCUACUAAGGAAUCUGCACUUUAAUGGAAAGUUCAGGAAAGAUCCCAUCUUAAAUCUAACCCGGUUCUUGUGCUCGAAAUCACUCAAUCCAAAGAUUCCAAAGGAGCCAACGUGGGAGCCAGUAUCAGAAGACCAGCUUCCUCCGCCGACCCAAAUCCCUCCAGAACUGGUGGACAAGCUGGAGCGACUGGCUCUGGUGGAUUUCCGCACCAAACAAGGACUGGAGUGUUUGGAAAAAGCCAUUCGGUUUGCAGACCAGCUUCAUGUUGUUGACACCACAGGGAUUGAGCCAAUGGAUUCAGUUUUGGAGGACAGGGCCUUAUUCCUGAGGGAAGACACGGCGACGGAUGGUGGCUGUGCGGAGGAGCUGCUUCAGCUUGCAAAUAAAACAGUUGAAGAAUAUUUUGUUGCACCACCAGGAAACAUUCCUUUGCCUAAAAAAGAAGAGCGGUCUUCCAUGCUUAAACACUCAGAGCUAUGAUGGAUGUGUCUGUAUUUACAUUUUUGUUUUUGAUGUAAUGGGUGUGUUUGUUAAGAGUUUCGCUUCAGGUUGUUUUCUGAAGGUUGGGUGUAGUCGCAGUCAAAAGUCCUACUGCUGAUAAUCUGUAAGAGUUUGUUCAAUGUCCAGUAGGUGUCAUCUGUCAUCAGCAGAACAGAAAAUGAUUACUUUCAGUUUCGAUUUAUGCUUGUGUUUUGGUUUCAGUAAAAAUAUAAAAAAACUGGAAUCUGAACUGUAUUUAUUUUUCAAAAAGAAAAACUUCUUAAUACAUUUCUCUAUGUAAAAUUAUGUUUGUAUUCUAUCUCUGUUAGUACUUUCAAAUCAAACUGUUUUAGAAGAAUUUCAAAAUUAAAGCAUAUGAAAA